AUGCAUACAUGUGAUUCGCAACAUCUCGUGAGUCAUAACCCACAUGCCACAACAAAAGUCGUUGGUGAAUACUACAAGGAUAGGUUUCCCAAAGGUAAAGGUCCUUCUAUAAAGGAUAUUCAGAAUUCAAUCAGUACUGAAUUAGGCUUCAAAGUUAGUUAUUGGAAGGUUUGGAGGGGAACUGAGAUUGCAAAGGCUUUGGUAAGGGGGACAUAUAAGUACGGUUAUGCAAUACUUGAUGCUUACCAUUAUAUGCUUACAACAUUAAAUCUGGAAAGUAAUACAAAUUUGAAGCUCGAUAAAAAUGGAAGGUUCAAAUAUUUUUUUAUUGCCUAUGGAGCUUCGAUUCGUCAUUUUCAACAUAUUCGAAAAGUCAUCGCUAUGAAUGGGACAUUUUUGAAUAGUAAGUAUGGAGGAGUGUUAUUGUCUGCCGUAGCACAAGAUGCCGAGGAUCAUAUUUUUUCGAUGUCAUUUUGUGUAGCGGACACUGAGUGUGAUGCCUCCUACCGAUACUUUUCCGAGCAAAUAAGCAACUUUGUGGAUGAUACCCCAGAAUUAUGCAUAAUUUCUGACAGAAAUCCAAGUAUUAAAAAGAUGGUUGAAAUUGUGUUUCCUUUGUCUCAUUAUGGUUGUUGCAUGAGGCACCUCGGAGAAAACAUCCGAAAUUACAUUCACAAUGAAAAAGUCGUCUACCACUUUUAUAAAGCGGCAAAAGCGUACAGUGUAGAUGAAUUCAAUGAUCACUUCAAUCAAAUAAGGAAUAUGAUUUCAGGGGCGCUGCACAUUUGGAACAUGUUUGAUUUUAAAGAUGGAGCAAAGCAUUUUUUUUGGGAAAUAGAAUAUCUCAUUACUGCUCUUUUUGAUGAACUAAAUCGGAGAUACGGAGAAAUUUUUUAUGAGAGGCACAACAUAUUCAUCAAUGCAUCAAACAUUUUUGUUCCUAAGAUAGAACGAAAAAUUGUAAAAAAUGCUAAUUUGGGGAACAAGCUAUUGGUUCAUCAAACUGUCAAGUACGAGUACAUUGUCACUGGUCACAAUGCAGUUGUAACGGUUAAUUUUCAAUGCAAAUCUUGCACCCGUAGAGUUUUUAAUCUUAACAAAAUACUGUGUCCACAUUCUAUAGCAGCGCUUCGAUGCCAAUAUGGUGAUGAUUAUGGAAAGCGCAUUUAUGAAUAUUCAUCUCCAUAUUACAAGGUAAAAACUUACCUUUUUGAAUACUUGAAGAAAAUUAAACCCGUGCGACCAGAAGAUAUUUGGAAAAUUCCUAAGGGACUUUUAGAGAGGAAAAUACUUCCUUCGCAUGUUGAACCAGGCAAGGUGGGAAGGCCAAGAAGAGAUGAAAAGGAAUCGGAGAGUCAUUUCCAACCAAAAAAAAUAAAUAUUCCAUAUGCAAAAGGGUUGGGCAUAAAAGAACAACAUGCUCGGAGCGAAAUGCUCCACAGGAAUAGAUUAGAUAUCGAAAGUACUUUUGUUGAAGUUGGCAGCUUGCUUCAGCAACUGCUAUACUUGCCGAGAAAAAUCUCAGCAAAUAGGCAGUUUGCUUCAGCAAUUGCUUCACUUGCUGAAUAA